AUGAAACGAUCAUUAUUCACAGGUCUUUCUGCUCUUCAAGCUCUCAAUGUUUUAGCCAGUCCUCUGAGUGAGAGGACUUCCGGUACACCCAAAUCAUGCAGUGAACCGCCCGCCACACUUGCACUAAGUAGCGGUCCAUAUGACAAUUACUUUUAUUCCGACUGCAAUGUUGCCGCUCAAGUCGUUGUUACUAGUCCACUACCUGACAGCAAUCUGAGCUUGAUCGGCCCUCGGCUGAUUGUAGCCUGGCCCGCGGGCAACAGCGGCAUCUGCACCUACUUUGCUCCCGAGAAUGGAGUCAACGGUACCCUGGGUAUUUCGGUCAUCAACUCUACCGUGGGAAGCCCGCUGUCCCUCAAUUACACGGCUAAAGAGCCAAACGCAGGAGUCGGGGUGCAAGGCACUCUCCGCUUCAACUCGUCGGCGGUCUUGACCGUCCCCAUUCUGGGCAGUAUUCGCACGAUCCGGGAUUUCGUCGAAGGGCCGAGUCUCCUACAGCCUAAGAUCCAGGAUGCCAUCCAGUUUACCAGCUCUCUUGAUGGAAGCGUGAUGCUCGAGCGUCUGUGGCUGGACAAUGUCACCACGAGCGCCAUCAAGUUUACUCCCGUCAACAGCACAUCCAAGGCCACCGUCUCCGGCAAGACGGUUAGAUUUGAGGCUGGUGACUACGCCUUUUCGGCAGAGAUUGACUAUCCGCAGUUGACCCAGCUGCCUCCGGCCGACGUACUAAACAAUGCCUCUACAGACCUUGUGUCUAAAAUGCCCGUUCAGACCACUGCGCUCUCGUUUCUCUCCUACUCCGAGAAACUUCUUGCUGGUGCAUGGCGUUUUCUGACCUACUUUGGACGAGAUCUGAUGAUAAGCGCCUUGCUUAUGGAUCCCGUCAUGAGCUACGGCAAUGCCAGUGCCAUGGAGGCUGUACUGGGCUCCGUUUGUGAGCGCAUCAACGCUACCGAUGGUAGUGCUUGCCAUGAAGAGACUAUCGGUGACUACGCGACUUGGCUGCAUCUACAGGAAAAUGUCACCAGCACAACGAUGAUCUGCGACUACAAGAUGGUUGAUACAGACUUUUAUCUCGCGCCUCUCAUGCAAAGCUAUUUCCUGAACAAUCCAGUUGGCCGAACCAGGUGGCAGGCAUUCUCGAGCACCCCCGCUGGUGCCAUCAAUGCUGCAAACAAGAACCACACUUGGGGUCAGUUGGCGCUUCGCACCGCAGAGAAGAUCAUGAAUCAGGCUGCAUUGUUUGCGCACAAUCCUAGCAAAGAGAACCUGGUCCAUUUGAAGCCGGGUGAGAUCGUUGGCGAAUGGAGAGAUAGCACAUACGGUAUCGGAGGCGGCCGAAUCCCAUACGACGUAAACACAGCCUUGAUGCCUGCUGCCCUGCGCGCCAUCGCAGCUUUGUCCCGGGCCGCCAUCUUUCCUGGCUGUCACGGCUGGGCCCAGAAGGCAGACAUAUACGCCCAGAUAUGGGAAGAUGAGACUCUGCAUUUCUUCGAGGUCACUAUUCCCGCCGAAACAGCCAAACAACGUCUUACUUCCUACGCCCAAGCCGGUUACUUCCCCGGCCCCAGCGAAGCAGACACCAUCGACUCCGACGUCGUCUUCCAUGCCCUUGCCCUCGACGGCUACAACAACCUCUCCCAAGUCCAAGUCAUGAACUCGGACGACUGCUUCCGCCACUUCCUCCUCAACACAACCAACCAGUCACAGCUUACCUCCUUCAUCAACCAAACCGCCACCAACGUCCGCCGUACAUUCCCCGCCGGCCUCAACACCGCCGUCGGCAUGCUCAUCGCCAACCCGGCCUACGGCCCCAACGAAGUCUACGCCCGCAACUGGACAACAGGCGCCUACCACGGCACCGUCGUCUGGUCCUGGCAACUCGCAAUGAUGGCCAAGGGCCUAGAACGGCAACUCGGCCGCUGCGACGCGGCCCACCAGAACGCGCGGCCAGACUUUUGCGCCGACAAGGCCGUGUAUAAUAACCUCCGGAGCGCGUAUAAUACCCUCUGGGACGGGAUCGAGGCCAAUAAGGCGUUGUUGAGCGAGGAGGUCUGGUCCUUUGUCUUCAGCGAUGGAAAGUUCACACCCGCGCCGCUGGGGAAUAUCCCUCCCCCUCCGGGUGUGAGUGCGCAGACUGAAUCGGACAUUGUCCAAUUAUGGUCCUUGACGUUUCUGGCCGUCACCCGGAACCAGGUUUUUCGGUGA